AUGUCUUCGCAGCCCAUUAGUUCGACACGCCUCAAGCAGAUCGCCCAGGAUGCUUGCCAGAGCGCCAUAGGCAGCGCAGACUUCUACGAACACUCCAAGGUGCAGGACUGGAACUCGACCAUCAUCAACUCGAUCCUCAAAGCCCUCAUCUCUGAGUCUACUCCAUCCAACAACUCCCAAGGGCCCGCCCACAAGUUCGUCGUCAACUCGACUAUCGUCCAGCACCUUGUGCCCACCUCGUCCCUCAACAAGCCCAAGGGCGGCACCGAUGUCAAGCAGGAGGAGCCGCGCAUCAGCACCAGCGACGAGGCCGUCGCGACAGGGACCGACGGCAAGCCACAUGUCGGCCGCAGGGGUAUGCAUUCAGCAACACAAGCGUUCUGGAACGAGAAGACCGACGGCAUGUGGAGCUUCAAAUACGAUGGUGGUGAAGGCAAGGGCAUGGACGUCGUUGUCAGCGUCAUCUGGAUUGCCGUCUAG